AUGGGAUCCUCAGAAAUAGGAGAUUAGUAAGGAUUGGAAUAGACUAAGACAGAACCUUCUCAAAAUGGCACAUACUCAGAUAAUGCAGACUCAAAAUAAACGAAAGUGAUUCCUCGAAGUCUGAGUUGGUUGAAUGUUAGGAUUGAUCAUUUAUUUUUCUAAAUAUUUUAUCAAAAUUCAAGAGUAUAAGAAGAUAAUCUACGAUAAGGAAAGUUUGUGUUUAUUCUGAAUAAUGCAAUAGUUCACAUAAAUAAAAUGAUGGCUCCUUUGCUAAACAAGAUACCCCAUGUUUUUAAUCCUCCAUAUAGACCAGAUGUCAGAUGUGAUGCCAUUGAGCAUUUAUUUUCUUGGAUUAAGAGAUAUAUUGUGAAAGAAUAACCACUCCUAUUUGGUACAUUUCAACAAACCUUUCAUCACGCUUUGUCAAAUGUCAAUGAAAAUCUUCCACAUUUUCAAACCAAUGUACCUAGUAUUUUUUCAAAUAUGUGA